CCGCUGCCCGCCCGCCGCCGCCCGCCCGCCCGCCGAUAAGCAAAGCCAUGACCGCAGCGCCCCAGGGGCCAGAUCUCAGUUUUCUGAACGAGGAGGAAGCCAGGGCGAUUUUCCAGGUGCUGCAGAGGGACGCGGAGCUCCGGCGGGCUGAGAAGGACAGAGUCAGCAAACUUCUGAAGAGAAGGAAGUCUGAAAAAGGGCUGCAGGGAGUGACUGGAGAAUGGUUUGAAGAAAUAAAAAGAAAAAAAUUUCAGAAUUACCUUGAUGUCAAUAGAAUGUUAAAACCACCAUUAGAGCAUCAGCUGAAGAAGAGCAAAAACACCAAUCAUAAAGAAUUAAAAAUGUCAUCCCGCACAAAUCCUCAAGCACAAAAGAACACUUCAUCUUCUUUUCUGGGAUUCAGAUCACCUUUUGCUUGGCUUUCCUCCUUCAGAAAAUCGAGGAAAACCCAGACUCAGAAGCAACCACGAUAUGACAGUCCUGCUAGCCCAUCCUCGAAAGUGGAAGAAAUGGCAACGGCUGAAAUGUGUAAUUCCCCAAUGUCAGCUGAAAUGAGUGGUCAUUCUUUUGAUACAAACCAAAAUGAAAUGAUGGAGAAAAGUACACAGGAAUGGAAUGACCAGCUAGAGAAGGAGUUUUUCAGUGUUCUAAAUGAUCUGGAUGACCAGCUGGCCCAGGAACAAGUCCAGGACCCACUGGACAGGACAGUUUCUACUAGCAGUGCAUCAAAUGUCCAAUCCAGUGCAUUCUCUACUUCAAAGACGCAGAUUGCUAGUAGGGGGCAACACAGAAAUGACUGGAGUGACAUGCCUAGCACAUUUUUCCCAGAUGGACUGAGAACACUAAGGGCCAAAGAUGAACACAAGAUUUUCAUCAGACCAAGGAAAUUACACAGUGCAUAUAUAAAUUGGCACCAGGCAGCCUUUCAAGAAGAUUGCAGAUGUGGUGAUCCAGUCGAUGCAAAUCCUCGCCUGCACCGCAGAAGGCUGUCUGCCGUUUCUUUUGGACGGUCUUCAGAAGGUAGCUUGUAUCCCCCUUCAGUAACACAGAACAGCGGAUUUAGGCACAAGGGUUGUAUGAACAGGGAUACAGCUGGCAGAAGUUACUCCGUAUGUUCCCUUCGGAGAUGUCCAUCCUCAGUAUCUUCUGACCAGCUAUCAGCAUCUAGUUCACAGCAUCCACUGGCAAGGGAGAGCAAGAAUGGUUUUGUACCCAGGUUUGGUCGGCAGAACCCAAAGAGAAUUCCUCUGUCUUCUAUUGUAUGGAACAACACACCAGACUCACCUGGACAAACAUCAGUUCCAGAAAAAAUGUUUAGAACCCAGUCACUGAUGGAGUUUCAUGCUGCUGACCAUGGUAGAUAUCCCAGCUCUUUGCAAGAAACAAAGAAAUACACAUGUUACCAUUCAAAGCACCACUACAGAAGAUCUAUUUCAAGCAGUAAUUACUUUAGUAGAGUCAGUUGUCCUGACGAAGCUACUUCUCCAUUGCCCUUUGAUAACUGGGAAAAUUAUCCUUUAUAUAAAUCAGAAAAUAAUCUUUCUAGAUCCUACUAUAGAGAUAUCUCUUCUCAUGGCAAGUUGUAUGCAAACCAAAAAAAUUAUUCUUAUGGAAAAAAAGACAGCUAUCCUUCUUGGGCUGAUAUUCCUCAGUGUUACAGUGAUGAAGCAUUUCUUUCCCCUGAAGACAACUUUGAAGUGUUUAUGGCUAAUUUAAAUGACCAGCAGUGGGCAUGUACAAAGAAUGCUAAGUUUGGUUCACAGCACCUGGAGAACGAUUUUCACGUGUACUCUCCAGAAAAUACAAGUGUCAAACGGAGAACAAGAAAUGCAAACAGAACUUUCUCAGAAUUCACAGAGGGCUGUCGGCCUUGGCUAAGUUGUAACUCUUCCGUUUCUUCAUCUAGUAUCAGAAGUGAUGAGUCAGUUUUUCCUAAUUCAGAGGACCAAACAAAACCUACAGGACUGAACAGGAAUUCAGCUGUCGUUACCCAAAGCAGUACUAAGGCAGACUUUACACAACUAGAAAAGGCUGAAGGUAUGAAAGGGCCAGAUGAAGACAUGCCGUUACAGUCAAUUCCUCAACAAGCAGAUACAAGCUAUAUCAGCGCCCAGAGUUUUUCCUCUAGCAGCCCUGCUUCUGCCACGUGGCAAAGAAAUAUAUCUCUCUUUAACACGAUGACAUCAAAAAGACAAACCCAAGUCACUGCUAGAGGAGAUAGUGCAAAAAUUUAUACAUCAAAUGGUGAUAAAAGAAAUGUACAAAUGAAGGAAAACGAUUACCCACCCAACAGUGUGUUCAGUCAGCCUCCCUGUACUUUGCUAGCUGAUGAGAGCAGGAAGGAACCCUUUCUUCCAAGUCAGAAAGAGUGGGAACAUAAUCUGCAUUAUGCAGCACAAAGAGAGAGCAUCAAGCAGGAUAGUUGGAGUGCAGAAGCCAUUAACCAAGCUACUCCAAAGAGACAGUCCUCACUACUGAAUGUUGCUUCUGCAUCAUCCAUUGAAAAGUUAGCCAGCUGUCGAGGCAGGUUGUCCUGUCCUUCUGGAUGCUCAUCUAGCUGCUCACAAAGCUCUCCACAAACACCUUUUCAUAAAGACAAUUCGAAAUGCUUAGGAACACCAAGUAGCUCUUCAGUAAAUUGCACAGUUACUGAUUCUCAAGCAGAAGGGGAAAAUACAGCUCAAAUGAGUAGAAUAGGUGUUACCAAACAGAUUUCACAGAAAAUACUGCAAAAUGCAAGCACUUUAGACACUAAAGACUGUAAUGGACAAUUCACUACUAGUUCGCCACUAAAUGGAAAUUCUGAAAAUAUUUAUAUGCAUAGCUUUGAUGGAGACCCCAGUGCCUCUGAAAAAAAUUUAAGUUAUUUUUGCCUUGAAGAAGGAAGUGGAAAAAUAAGGAGUAAUUCACCUUGUAUUGAAAGGCUUCACAAGCAAGGCAGCUUGCUGAGACAUAGCAGUAGCUGCAGUAUUACUGGCUCCCCUGGUAGAAACAGCUCCAAAUCUCCUGACCCUCUUGUUAUUUAUUAUACCUUGCCAAGAAAAUCAGCUAGCAUUGCUGGUAGUAUUAUGUCAGAUAUGCCCAUCUCUUUACCUAGGGAAAGUAGAACAACAUACGAUUGUUUAAGGUCUGAAACUCUCCAUAGAGCUGAUGCCUUUUACUCUAAUCAAAGAGAUGUGUCUUCUUUAGACUCAAAACGUUCUUUUUCGACAUCAGCAUCAUUAAAUGCUGGUAGAAGUAACAAAAAUUACCCCAGUCCUUUAACCAAAAGUAUUGAUUCAGUAAGUAGUAGUACAUCAGUUGACCUGACAGACAGAUGUAAACAUCUAAGCAGAAGAGAAUCCUCUGUGUUUUCAGAUUAUAAGGAGGGGGGAAAUUUUUUGCAGAAAUAUAAAACCACAAGCACAUUUACAGUUUGUGUUGAUGAAGAUCAUGUCAAGUAUCAUGAACUAGUUUCAAUUUAUUACACAUUACCGCGGAGGCAUUCAAGAACAUUUUGUAGCCUCUUCAGAGAUGAUACAGAGGAUGCAGAUUUACCUUGUCCCAAAGAAAAUGCUCAGUCACCAAGAAUACAAAACAAGAAAAAUGAAGAUCAUGUGAGUUUACCAAAUGUUUUUUUCCCCACUACUUCAGAAAAAGAAGAGCCUUCAUAUUCUUCAGACCAAGUAUCUUCAGCUCUGGUCACACCUCAGAACAUAAGAACUGCUGUUGAUGGCGAAGAAGAGAAUUCCCAUUUAUGUCCUAGCUUUGAGAAGUCAGUCAGCAGGAAAGAUAAUUCAGCAGAUCUGUCAUUAGCAGAAAAUGUGCUUUCUGACAUGGUAACAAAAGAAAUUUCUUUUGGUGGUCCACAAUCCACUGCAAUAGUGACUAAGUCCAGUAAGGCCAUUUCUGAUGCUUCAGGCAGCCAAAAUGCAGAAAUAUGUCUAACAGAAAAGAAGGAAAUUUUGCAAAGAGCCACAUCACUCCUGUCCACUUUAUCAACCCCUCCCAAGCCAGGCAGACGUUUAGAGAAUCCUUUGUAUUCUACUGCAACAAAUAAAAGUAUUAUAGAGAAGGGAAACUCUGAAAGCUGCUGUCAGCCUCCUAAAGUGAACACUAAGAAAAAUCUGAACAGUUUACUCCUCCGCUCAGGAGAGAAGAGUUCCCUUGGAAGGAGUAGUAAGACAGACCAUGCUCCUGUGGAAGACAUAUACAGGGAUAGUACCCAAGUCAAACAGAGAGUAAAUUUCCUACACCAAACCCCUCCUCUGUAUAAUAAUAAGUGCAGUGGACUGCAGUUAAGGGCUGACAGUUCAAGAAAAAAUGCAAAUUAUUUAAACUCUUGUAGCAAAGUGCUUUCAGAGUCUCAGAGCAAAGCAUCUGAGGUAAGCACAGCUUCCAGUGCUGAUCCAUUACUUCAGCUAGACAAAGUAGUUACCACAGAUACAGAUGAGGUAAAGAAUUCAAAAAUUAAAAAAGGGCAAAACUCACAGAGUAUUCAGAUGGAUAAAGUUUAUAGUGGUUUGCAGGAAUCAGAGAGGCACUGUGAAGGUCGCCUGAACAUUAAAGAUAAAGUCUUCAGGGUUACACAAGAUCAGAAGACAACACAGAAUACAGAAGAUGAGAACAAGCUUCUCUCUGAUUUCACAAGAGACAAAGUCAAAGAUAUAGAAAAAAGGAAAAACAGACCUUCAAUUAAAAAUAAACUGGCAGCUGUUUACAAAACAAGUCGAAAAUUUUCAAGUAAAAAUUUACCACCCAAACCGCAUAUAAGUAACAUUUUUUCACAGAACAACGGAAAUGCCACUUCUUUGGAGGUCAACGUGUCCCUUAACUCUCUGAUUUCAACGGAUUCCCAUCAGCCAUUCCUGCAGCUGGACAAUGAAAAUCAGAAUCACAGUCUGGACCCUGAUAAGAAUAUGCCAAGACCAAGAACAGCUGAGCAUAAGAAGACUGAAAAUCAUAAUGAUCCUUCUUUGGUUGUUAAUAACACCAGCCAGAGGUCUGUUACAAGUUCAUACACCCAGAAGGAAGCCAUCAGUCCCAAAAAAACCACUGGGAAAGUGGAAAAUAGGCCAAGACUCACAAGCCUAUUUCCAGAUAAAGCAGUCACCACAAGAAAUAAGAACUCCCAAACACCCGAUCUCAGGUUAGAAAGCAAAAGCCAGCCCAUCUCUCCCAGUGCUACUACAUCAGACCCACAGGAUGAUGCGAAAGGAAGAGCUAGCAGUCGUGCCUGCACUCCUCCCUUGCCACUUUUAACUGACACAAACUCAAACACCUCUGUAAAUAGCUGCUUGCAGGCAGACACAUGUCUAGAGCAAAACUUGACUUCCAAGACAGCGCUUGGUCAGUUUCAAAAUACCUCUCAGUCUGCUAGCUUAGAAAAUGCUAACCUCAAUAGCUAUCAGUUGCAGCGAAGUCAUGUGAAAAGUCAGCGUGAGCGUCACCUUUCUGAGAGUAUUUGUGCUCGAGAUUCCCUUGAGACCUCUGCCUCAGGAAGCAAUAUUCUACCAAGAGACGGCAUACAUGGGAAGAGAUUUAAAUCUUACUCAGAGCUGUUGUCGUGUGAUGAAAAUGAAAACUGGGCAUCAGAUGAUGAAAAAUAUUACAGCACUAGAAAUUUGAUGUAUCCAUCUGUUGAAUUUGGUAUAUUUGGCAAAGAACAACAAUUGGCUUUCCUGGAAAACAUCAAGAAGUCACUCACAGAAGGGCGAUUAUGGAGACCUUGUCUUCUUAAUAACCCUGGUGCUUUCAGAGACAGAGAGACCUCUUCUACAAACAGGGCUGAGCUUCUGAGCUCAAGUUCUGCUGGGAGCAAAAUGUCAUCGGCUGCUUCAUCUCCAGAGCUGACUGAUACCUAUGGGGAAGACCUAGCCGCUUAUUCGGACUCAGACAGUGAUACCACCACCGAUGAUGAAUACUACCUAGAUGAGGUAGAUAAAGAAUCAGAGCUGUGAAGGGAUCAUGGUACUAAGAUGGCACGAUAGCGCACUAGGUUCUGGGCAGGCAAAAACACAUCAAAUAGUUUGAGCCUAUUCUUGUGCUGCUCUAAAUUGGUACAACUUCAUUAGUUUCAAAGGAGUCAGUAUGUUACAUUUCCUGAGCAUUUGACUUUUGUAUUAAACAUGUGGCUUCACUGUUGUUGUUUCUCCUAGCAGGGAAAAGGAAUGUUAAAAAAUCCCGUCCCAAAAUAAGAGAAGGUAAACAGCUGUGGAGCUUUGGGCAGUAUAAGUCCAGGGAUGGCUUUCCUCUGAGUCAGCAAGCAGAGCAGUGGUUAGGCUCCUGCCAGCUACACAGUGCUGGAAUGGAUAAAUUCUAGUUUGAGCUACUUUUUCUUACAAAACUAACAGAAAGCCAAGAAGUUACUUUGCUGAUAAAUUGCAGUUUCUCCGAUUUUCCUCAUUUAUCAGAUCAAGCACGAUAAUGCUAAUCCAUCCCACUGAACAAACACUCUCACAAAAUGAAAGGUGUUAAAUUUUUACAUUGUAUCCUGGGAAGCAUAGCAGCAGUGUCCCCAGUGGCAUUUGUUCUGCUGUGUGGUCGAGGUGGAUUCCAUGCCGGGACUUUUCAGCAUUACAUGAGCAGUGAGCAAUUAGAGUUGCAGAAGUGCUGCCAGUGCAGGAGAAACAGCUCAGCACAGGGCACAGCACUGAAAAACUCACUGAAUAUCCUGAGGAUGUUAAGAAACAGAAAUGAGCAAGAAAAUCUGCUUUCCAGACGCAGGAGAUUCGUAACUGGCACAGCUUUGGUUACAGUUGACAUGACUGGCCAGAUUUCUGCCUUUGACUUAGCUUAAUUUGGAUUAAUAGUCCAACACUUUAAACCAUGCAAAAUAUAAAAAGACUGGCAGCCUUUUACCUACAAAGUAAACGAAACCAGUAAGAAAUGCUUUUUGCCUUUUGCUAAAUCACCGUCCCUUUUUGGUAUUUUUCAACUGUUUCUGCUGUGACCAUGGUACUCUUUAUCCUCCAAACUGAAUGGAUGUAAACAUUUUCCAGUGGCUCUUCUUCAGCCACUAAUAAAUGUAGUACUAUUACUCAGUAGCCAGAACUUGUCCCUGGCCAUUAAAUUUCUAACUAAAUUUUGAUCUAUUUUUAUGAAAAAUCAAAAGUGUCUUAUCAAACCAGAAGAUAGUAUUCUUAAUUACUUAUAAAUUUAGUUCUACUUUAUUUGUAAUUUUACAUAUGGUCUCAAAUGAUGAUCCAUAUUUUUAUACACUUUUUAAUUCAAUAAAAAAUCUGUAGGAGAGACAUAACUAUAUUUUUGUAACUGGAAGGACAGUAUACUGGUAUUAUAAAAUAAUGUGUUUUACACAAAACAAGCAAUGCUUUUAUCAGUGACUACUCCACAAGAAACUAAAAGAUGAAAAUAUAUAGUAGGUAACAGGUAUCAUUUUUUUAUAUUGUAAACUUCGUUAAAGAAGUGGGUCUGUUGUUCAAAUCUGUACUGAUAAAUAAGUAGUAUUACUUUAUGCUGGGGUAAUUUGUCUUUUGUUGUACAUAGAAGGACAAUAAUAUAAACUAUGUAUUUAUAGUCAGAAUUUAUCUCUGUGACAUGCUUGUUUCAGAAGGAUGCAAGAGGAUGCUGACAUAAGUAAUGCUGGAAGGAAAUGGGUACUGUAUAAUUGCAGUUUUGUAAAGUGUGGUAUUUUAAGGAGAAAUUAUGUUUUUCUGUAAAUGGCUCUAUUUUCUAUGUACAGAAUUCUCUAGAGUAAGAUAAUAAAACCAGCUGAGUAUCUGUGCAGAA